CAGUUCCAUAGUCACAGUUUACCUACAUCUACAGAAGUGCACGUCUAGCCGCGAGCUAAUCUAUACAGCCUGCUGUCAAAUUGGAUUUUCAGUCGAAAUUUUCACAGCAAGAAAAAGUUGCAAAAUGGCUGCUGCUCACUCCGGAGGUGUCGAGUGGGCUGCGAUUUUAAAGCCUUUUCUUUCAUCAUCAAGUGAAAAUAUCAGCAAAACCGAUGUGCUAAACUUGAUAAAAACCAUCAUCCAAAAUGAAAAUGAAAUCCUCGAACACGAUGCGGCUUACAAGCAGUUUUUCGACAAUUUUGUUGUGCUGGCUGCCGAGAACAUCUCUAACCAGGUCACUUCAUUGUCGCAAACACAACUUCAACAGUUUACGGAAGCUGCUUCAAUAUUGAUUCGUUACAUAAUUCUCCAUCUGGAUACGACUGCACCAUGCAAGCCGAGCAUUCUGCUGAUGGCCCUAAAGAUCCUCUGCGAGGGGAAAAGGUCGAACGAAAACCAGCCCAACACGACUAGUUCCGCCUCGUCGAUCAUAUCCGUGUCUGGGAUGAAGUACUUAAAGUAUCCAGAGAUCCCGGGAAACAAACCAGCAUCAGUUGGCGCCGCGAGUGCUAGCAGUGGCGGAAGUGGCUCGACCGCUGGCACGAGUGAUAAAGAAAGUCCCAAAACGGAAAUGAAGCGUUCCCGAUCGGAUCUGUCGACGGUUAUUUUACAGCAGCUAACGACUCCGCUGUGUAGCUGGGCCGUGACUUUUGCUGCACUCAGUGAAGAGCAAAUAGAUUGUACAGAUCUGUUCGUGAAGCAAAAUCUGCAGUGCAUGAACGCUAUCAAUGCGGGAGAUUCGUUACUAAAAUGGUGUACGACGGCUUUGGGAACGCUCACUAAAUACCGCUUCAAAUAUGAGGAGUGCACCAUGCUUGGUCGUCCCCUGUAUCUUCCUGUUACGAACACUGAGGCAAAUGCGAUAAAAAACAUUUUCAAUUUAAUGGAGUCCGACAUAACAAAUUUGCAACUGGCGAUAUCACUCCCUCUGCUGGAACCGUUAACGCCGAAGAAAAUCACCCUCCUCUCGCAGUGUGCCAUGUCGGCACUGUACUGUUGUGUACUAACAUCGACCGCUGUGAGUGUUAUCACGAUGGCAUCUGCUGGAUCGCAGAAGACUGCUUCCUCCGGCCAAUUGCAACAAGCACAAGUCCAAACUGGAACAACUCAGACGCAAAAGGAAACUGACGAAGAGGAGGAUUUCGCACGAACGAUUGUGGACAAGGGGUUGGAAAUAUUUACCAAAAUUGGAAAUCUGCUCAAAACGUCCACGCGCGCUCACAUCUACCAGAACCAUAUGUGUAUGGGCGCUUGGUUAUUGAUAUCCGGAAUUCAAGGUACAAUGGGUGCGUCCGGAAACACCAGUGGACUGCAGCAAAUGGUUCCAAUAUCGGCGAAAACUUCGGAGGAAAGCUUGAAAGGACGCAGUCCUCUCAAAACGCUUGACGUACCGCAAAUGGCAUCAGCCCAACCAUCACCAGCUCUGCGCGUAAAUUUGUUCAAGGUCCAGCAAGGAUUUGGCGUGCUGAAUGCGGCCAUUGCGCGCCACAGCAUUACGCUCAUGACGGAGCUGAUCGAUGAUCUGAAGAUAGACUCGCGAACAGACGAAGAAGAGUACAGCAGCAUCGAAUCGGCCGGGUUUGACAUCCUUGGACAGUACACAUCGAUUCAGCGCGUGGUGCGUGUGCUUAAUAGUGCCACAUUGCAACAGUUGCUCACAUUCCUCGCCACCGUUUCGUACCGUAAGGCAUGCACGCUUCGUCGUAUUAACACCAAAAACACAAACGACGGUGAACCGAUGAGCUAUAGCGAUUCGACCACGUAUUUUAAUGAUACGUUCUCCUGUUCGGAGGAAAGCGAACCGGAAGAAGAGGACAGCGAUAGCUACCUUGGGCUUUGGUUUAAGGAAACGCUUUCUCCCGACAUGAAUGAAGAAAUGACCGAAUCGCAAGAACAGGAAAAUAAGGAUGAUAAAGGUCGCCACGGAACGAAUCUGGUGCCAGCGAAAGAUGAGCCCCACGAAUACCUUAAUCUUGCUUCCUUGAUAUUCAAUUUCUUCGAUGUUUCGCUCGGAGGUAGUCACAUUUACCUGAGCCGUUACGUGAAAACAGGCUUAAGCGAACAGCAGAUGGUACUUUUGGCCAACAUCCUGCGUGAUCUGGACCGCGAUUCGGCCCGCGGAGACACGGAUAUUCCGGGUUGUAUGCAGUGGCAAAAUGCCAUGGUAAAGUUCUCUGGAGCCGUCGGAAGGUACCUACACAAUCUGAUAUCAAACUCGUUGCUGAACGAAUCGCUGCAGUCGGCCCUUCUGCUACACCUGGGAGUUUCACCAUGGACGCAGGACGCUAACAUUUGGCCACUGCAGGUUUAUUCGCGAACGCUUGCCGUGCUGGUGCAAAUUCUUCUGCUAAAACCAUCACAGGAGAAAGAAGCUGCGUGUCUCUCCGUGUGGCAUCGACUUGUGAACACGAUUGUGGAAGGCAUUUGUUCCACUCAAACCGUCCCCAACGAAUCGGAGAUAGAGGAUCUAAACGUGGAACAUGCGCAACUGCUGCUAUUUCUGUUCCACUCUCUCAAUCUGAUGCAAAAGAAAUCGAUCCUUCUGCUUACGGCAGGCGGUGUCAUUCGAUGCUCGGAAGUGUGUCGCAGUGUAACGCCGGACAAGCCGCUGAGAGACCAUCAGAUCAUGCUUCUGUCCCGGCUGCUCUUGUUCUUGGAGUAUCUGAUGAAACACUUGUACAAUCCACCGAAUGUUUUGCUGGAACAAGUGCGCUGGAACCUGUUUAGCGUUUUCACGCUCGAUAGCGAACAAAAGUUGGCCGAUUUGGUGAACUAUAAGACGAAGAUGAUGUCAUUCUGCCGCAAGGACAUCGAAGACAAGCAUCGCAAGCUAGCGAACGAGUUUAGUGUAGGCGGUGUAAAACCCAAAUUCUACUCGCUGACUACCGUCGAGUCGAAGGUGCAGCAAGAAUUCAAGCUCGACGGACUGGCUUGGAACUUUAUUCUUUGCACUCCGGACAAACUGAAGUAUCCGUGGCUAAUCGAUGCGCUGAUUGACAUCCUGGGCAUUACUGACAUGUGCCUUGCACGUAUCCCCUUUCAAACACUGUGCGCUGUGCAUUAUUGCUUCAGUCUCAGCUGGAAGUUGCUGCUCGGUUUGCCACCCUCCACGCAGCACGUGGAAGCACUGAUGCAGGAGAAGAGUCCAAAUUUGCACUCACUGCUGUGGUCCAUCCGUUGCCUGCAUCCGAUAACCCAUUCGCAUUAUCUGAUUGUGAAUAGUCUUGUCAAACAGGGUAUGUAUACGCAGUCGGCGGAAGCUAUGUGGGUACGGCUUACAGAGCACGUGUCGGAUGUGAAGUACAGCUUAAAAAUGACGCUGCUUGGACUGGAAUCGUUUGCGAAGAGCUUUUCGCCGGAACAGCCAAGACUGUCCAAAAUCAUUCUACUGGACAGUGUAAUGUCUCACCUGUUUGCCGUCUGUUGGGCGGAAAAGGAGGGCUUGAAUGUGAAAGCCGCGAAAGCCGGUAGUAAUACGGCAUCCGCCGCAUCAUCUGCAACAAGUGCCGCUACAACAACCGCUGGAUCAACGACUGUGACCACCUGUGACAGUAAUAAUGGCGGAGCAAGUGCUACGAUCGUUCCGGGAGGAGCCGGAGGAAUUGGUGUUUCAGGCGCCUCAACCAGCGCAUCCUUGUCCGAUGGCUCGCCGUGCAAUGUUUCGGUGGAGGUCUCUCGUGCAGAUUUGACCAAGAACAUAAUGCAUGCUUUACUGGACGUAUUGGAAAUAGUUCGUGAAUCAACCUACAAAACUAUGUUCCAGAAUUUGAGCGGCCAGAUACCGUUCUGCUUAAUUGAGCCGUUGAUCGCUAUUGCGGGCACAAAAAAUUCAUUUUGCUCGGAUCUUGCACAGCAGCUUGUCGGUUGCAUUACCGGUCACGAUAAGGAUGUGAUUGCAGUCGAGUGGCGCAAGAGUUUGAGCACCCUGACCGAAGAAAACUUCAUCAGUGGAUCAUUCCCGGUGGAGUUGCACACCCUGACGGUGGUCGAAGCACAUCUAACGGAGAUAUCUAAACAUCUGUCGUACUCCAUACUGCUAUCCCUAAAGAACGCUCUCAAAUCGGCAGUCAAUCUGAUUUACUACAUGCUCCCGAACUACGACGACAUCAAGCUAGACGAGCGUCUGAAGGAAAUACUGAUCCCGAUGGUGUUUGAUUUGCGCGCCGAAUAUUUGCACGGACCGAUCAACAAAUGCCUGGAGUCGCUCCUGGGAGGAGACAGCAACUGCGAAGCCUAUCAGCUAGCGGCGUUCUCGAACAUCAUCAAGCACAGCUACCAGUUUCUCAUUGAGUAUACCGACCUCUGCGCUACAGGCUGUGCCACGAAUAUCGACGAAUCGGUCCUCUGCAGUAUUCUCAAGUACUGGGAGUCAAUGUUGGAAAAAUCGAACGGGCUGCGCGCGAUGCGUCACUUUUUCUACGAGUCCAAAACGGGCAAUCUGGUGCAAAUAUUGCUUUCAUUCACGGGCACCAACAUUUCCCAGGCAUACUCCCGACGCGUGCUCCAGUUCUUCGAGAAACUGUUUCAAGCGGCCGAAAAACUCGACGCGCCUUUCGACGAGGAAGAACUGUGUGCUUGCAUUGCAGAGCUAGCCGUCACGGACAGUACGCGUUUGAAGAGCUGGUUAAGCCACAUUUUGCUUGGACCGGGGGGAAUCAGCCUAACGCCAAACGCGUCCAACAACUCGAGCAACGUACCGACUCCCACGAAUAUGGCAACAGUAUCGGCAAUCCCCAGCAUCACUGACCAGCUGAUCGGGUCGGCAACCGCAGCGGGCGGAGUGGAUGGAGCCGGGAUGUCGGAAAACAAUACAACAGCUGCAAAUGCGCCUACCACGACCGAGGGUGAUCAGCAGGAAGUCGUGGACCUUGAAUGCAUAACGAAUGCAAUGCACAACGGCAAGCUACUCCAGUCGCUCGUUAAAUACAUCGUUGCUGAGAAUCGCAUUUCUUCAUCUGUAUCCGAGGCCCUAUUCCAGGCUUUAAUACAGAUUGGCCACAACCUUCUGUCGCCGACUCAGGAAGCGAUUGAAUUUUCCGACCUACUUCAGGUGAUGAUAACGCUUGCCGAUGCUGGAAAAGGUCGUGGUCAUGCGUUACUCUUUGCUGCUGCCAUCGAUUGGCUGGAUGUUUGUCGGGCGCAGGUGCUUGACGCCGGAAAGGGUGGUUCCAGCGGAUGGAGGGAAGCCGUCCAGCUCGACAAUGUGACCGCCAUUCUCAUGUACAUGAACGAUCUGCUGAUCGGGCUUGGCGCCAAAGGCAGCAGAGCGCUGAAUCCACCUUGGGACGAAGAAUCGUUGCUGGAUGCGGACGACAUUUUGGAGGAGCUUGGCGGUGAAGAGGAUGACAGCACGAUCGAGGACUCGGAUGAAGAUAGUCUCGGCAACAAGCUGUGCACCUUCUCUAUUACCCAAAAGGACUUCAUGAACCAGCACUGGUACUAUUGCCACACGUGUAAAAUGGUGGAUGGCGUUGGCGUAUGCUCCGUCUGUGCGAGAGUUUGCCACAAAAACCACGACAUCAGCUAUGCAAAGUAUGGCAACUUCUUUUGCGAUUGUGGCGCCAAAGAGGAUGGUUCGUGCCAGGCACUGAGUCGUCGCAGCAAUUCCGGGCAUGCGGAGGAUUCAAUCCUGGGUUCGUCAUCCGCUUCAAUUUUGCCGCGUUCCAACGAUGCGGACAGUGUCUUGCUCGCUAGUAGCUUAAUGCGACGACGACACCCAGCCAGUCCGUCACACGAAGCUGCCAGUGCGAGCCGUCCAGCGCAGGGACAAGCAUCCGAGAAGGAGCAACGGUUGGCCAAAAUAAUAGAAACAUCGCGCGAAGCAUUGAACAACCCCAGCCAGUGGAAAACGGUGAUUCGUUGCAUUCUCGUGUUCUUCAACUCGUUGAUGCCUGCAGUGAAAGACCAUUGUGCAAGAUACUCUCCCGUGGGAUGUUAUUGGCGCGCCAAAAAUGCCCUGGAGCGUCUGCAUCGUCGCGAGAAAUCGUAUGUCUUGAGUGACGACAUCAUGAUCGCUACGCUUGGGUCUCAGGAGGGCGCGUUCGAGAAUGUGCGUAUGAACUAUUCUGGAGAACAGGGUCAAACGAUCAAGCAGCUGCUCUCGACGUAUCUCGUCCGUCGUGUGGCGCUGUGCUGUCUUGCGUCUCCCCAUGGCAAGCGGCAGCAGUUGGCCAUCGCGCAUGAGAAAGGCAAGGUUACGAUCUUGCAGCUAUCGGCUCUGCUGAAGCAAGCAGAUGCGGCCAAACGCAAGCUGACGCUGACCAAACUCGCUUCGGCUCCUGUCCCAUGCACGGUGCUGUCGCUCGCAUCCAAUCCGGCAAACGAAGAUUAUCUAGCGGUGUGUGGUCUCAAGGAGUGUCAUAUCCUUACAUUCAAUAGCACGGGCACAGCGAACGAACACAUUGUGCUGACGCCGCAGCUGGACACGGGCAACUUCAUUAAGCGAGCAAUCUGGCUGCCUUCUUCCCAGACCAAGCUGGCGCUGGUGACGGCCGAUUUUGUGAAAAUCUACGAUCUGGCAGAGGAUAGCUCUAGUCCGCAGUACUAUUUCCUGGUGCCAAGCGGCAAGAUACGCGACUGCACAUUUGUCUACGAGCAAGGGGGCACGUACUACAUGCUGAUCAUGUCCUCGUUAGGAUACAUCUACACGCAACCACUGAGCGACGAAAGUCUGGCAAAGCAUGGUCCUUUCUACGUGACAAGCACGCUCGAGUUUGCUCACCCACUGAUAACAGGCAUCAACGGACAGAUACUGGCAGGAGGCGUCUCGAUCUACUACUCGCACGUCCUGCAGCUGUUAUUCUUCAGUUAUGCGGCCGGGCUUAACUUUAUGGCGCCACUAACCAACGUCAAUGAUGGUGUGAAGUGCAUCAUCAACCUGGUUUGCAACCCCAGCUCCAAGCUAUUGUCGAAGUCGACAGCGCAACCGCUCUGCCAAUGGACCGAAAUUCCCGGUCACCCGGGUUUGGUGUGCGCAAUGAUGCAGAGCCUCAACAAUCCUGUCAUCUUCAUGAUCAAGCCGGACGGAUACAUGGCACAGGAAAUUAAGGCCCAGAAUGCAAAGGCGAAAAUAAUGGACAUGGUAGCCAUCCGACACAGCGUCUCGGGCGUGGAAAAAACAACCCUUAUUCUGCUGUGCGAAGACGGCAGUUUGAGAAUUUAUGCUGCUAACCCGUCUAAAACGGAUUACUGGCUAUCCCCAGAGGUGCAACCUAUUGGCCAUCAGCAAACAUUCGGUUGGUACGGAACGGGCGGAAGCAUGUACGGCAAAUCAGCACGCAAGUCGAAAAAGCUGGGCAAGCAAUCAGCGCAGUCUGCCGCUUCGGCGAACACCGGCAAAGGGGGCACCGGACCUAGUCCAACUUUUCCGAUUGAUUUCUUCGAGCACUGCACGCUGAUGAACGAAGUGGAAUAUGGCGGAAACGAUCUGCUGCAAAUCUACAAUACGCAACAUUUGAAGCAUCGCCUAAACUCUACCGGGCUGUACGUGACAUCGACGAAAGCCAACGGAUUCACGCUCGAAGUGUCCAAUAAUGAUCCGAAUAUGGUCAUUACAGGCGUUCGUAUACAAAUAGGGUCACAGGACGUCACUAAAGCACCUCAACGUGUGACUAUUCUCGGGCGCUCUGUAACCACGGUUGCUACGAGAGCUCGUUGGUUUGAUAUUCCGCUAACCAAGGAGGAAAGCCUACAAAGUGACAAGAAACUGAGCAUCCACUUUGGGCCGUCGGUAGAUGCCGAGCAAAUAACGAUACUGGACAGCAUCAAGAUAUACGGAAAAACUAAAGAUGUAUUCGGUUGGCCGGAAGAAACAGAGGAUGCAGCUGGAGGGCCACUGUCGAAUGGUGGUGCUCCCGGCAGCAAUGGGCAGACGACGAUAGCAAACGGAAAUGGUGCCAGUGACGGAACUUCCAAUGACGAAAACGAUGCAGGAGCCAUGUACAUGACCUCGUUGGAUCACAUGCUUUCGAGCAUGCUGCACGUGCUGGACAGCGGCAUAGCGCUGCUCGGUGGUCCAAAUAGUGAUGAUAACUAUCGUCAAACAGCUGUCGAUGUAGCCACCAAUUUGAUCCUUCUGCCCACUGUCAAUGUAGUGCAGCAGGACGCACGCAACGUGCUAAUGACGUGUCACGCCAGCAAAGUUGCUUACCAUUCGUACAAGGAUAAGGAAAUACUGAACGACAUUCAUCGCCAGUUGAAGAAAAUGUAUGAAUCCACCGAAAGCGGCGACAUCGAUCCGGAAGCCUUUUAUCGCGCUGUGUUGAUGAUGCGCAGCAUCGCUAUUCAACGGCCACAAGCCAUGGCAAAGAUUUGUGCCGAGCAGCAGAUGGACAUUCUGGCGCUGAUGAUGACUGUCAUGAAGGAGCUGUACCGCAUAACGCCAGCCUAUGAGGAACCGAUUGCUAUCGUUAAGCGGGGCCUUUGCCAUGUGGAAGCGGUGAUUUACUCUCUGGUGGAAAUUAUUUACGCAUUUGCUUUGGCCGACAACGAACAGGUGGAGCGGAUGGCAAAACUCUUCGUCCGUUUGCUGCUCGAUCCGGCUCCAAUCAUUAGCCACAGCGCGAAGCUAGCGAUGAUUCGUCUGUUGCGACCGAAGGUUAAGCGUCGUAAGGUGGUGCUGAUCGAAAGUCCUCCCGUGUGUUCGACGCCUACACCCUCCACAUCGGGCAUUGCAGCUUCUACCGGGGCGGUGCCGUCAACUUCAUCGGCUUUAUCGAUGGGAUCGACAUCGUCAGGUGCUGCCGGUCCUUCCGUUUCCUCCGGAAGUGUAGCGGCAGGCAAUGAGGAUUUCGUUGUGGACGCAAUAGAAUCACUCGGCCUGGAACCGGGCGCUGGAAAUCAGGCGCUUGCAUCACUGGAGGCACUGUUGGGCGUUGGUUUUCCGCACUUGCUAGAGACACCGGAUGCGGAUGAUGAUACCAUAAUGGAGAUAGCGAUCGCACUCAGUCUCCAGGACAACGAAGCCGAUCUACAGCUUUUACAGCAGAGCAUCGCUAACUACCAAGGGCGAAAUAGAGGUGCAGCCGCCCAAGGCCUGGCGGCAGCCAUUGCUGGCGGAUCUUCGUUUAACGUCGAAUCAAACGCUUCGGGCGGUGGCUCAGACGAUGACGAAAUUUCCAACGUUGCCACCGAAGGCUCGACGCUGAGGACGUCGCCGGCCGGUGAACAUGCUGGCAGUGGAAGCGGAGGAUCCGAGAGUGGGUGCAGCGGUGUGGAAAGCAUCGGUGGAACUUCUGGCCGUAGUUCAACGUACGAAGAGCAGCCCAAUCCUUCGCCACCGCGCACGUCUGUAGUCGAUCAAAUGGCAUCACAGUCCUCCGCAACCACUGCAGCAGCAUCGCUCUCCACUGCCGUGGAAGCCGAAGCAUCGGACGCAAAUGGGGAGAGUGCCAACAAACUGCACGUGUUGCGCUAUUCGAUACUGAACCAUCUGGUGGAUAAUUUUUCUGCCCUGGACUCAGUGAACGGUGCCGAGUGCAUACCAUUCAUGCAAGUGAUCCUCAUGCUUACCUCUGACCUCGAUGGUACACAGGAGCCAGAUCAGCAGGUUUUGACGCGAUUGCUGCAAGCAUUGAUCGAUCGGCUGGAAAUUUCCUCCACCAAGAUUUACCAGAUGGCCAACAGAACAGCGAAAACGGAAGUACAGCUUGUCAUUCUGCGUCUGAUUGGUGUCUUGAUGGGCAAAGUGAAAUCCAAAUCAUCGUCAUCCUCUUCAGCCAACGCAGCUUCGAGCAGCGGCGAUAGAUCGGGUGCCAACCAAGCCGCAAUAGACAAUGCAACAUUUUUGGCUCAAAACACCGCCAAUGCGCUGAUGAAAAACAACGCUAUUCCCUACUGUCUCAUGAUAAUGGAAUCGUUUUUGCCCCAUUGGAAAAACUCCAGUGCAUCGUCAAUCGACGAGCUAGCUUCACCGGCAGCGGGUGCCAUCACCUCCGCCAAUGGCAAUGCUUCGAUGAAUGUUCCCACGUCCAGUGCUGCAGCGUCGAAUGCUACGUCAAACAACUCGGGCCCGACCGUAACACCACCGGGCGGCGCUGCAUCGAACGUGCUGCUGAAACCGACACAGUACGGAGUAAUACCUGAUAUGCAACCGUUCUUCGCCCGUCCUUUCCCGAAAGGGUCGAGCGAUGUGUUUGAGAUGUACUCGCAGGUGCUCACCGAGAUGGCGGUUCGAUUGCCGUAUCAAAUACUGAAGCUCUCCUCCGGGCAUCCAUCCUCGCAGGAAUGGAAUCACUCGCUGUGCGAGUACAUGACCACUACACUCUGUGAGUACAUGAUGUACAUGCAGUCGCCCGUUUUGCGUCGGCAGGUGCGCAAACUGUUGCUCUAUAUAUGUGGCAGCAAGGAGAAGUAUCGCCAGCUGCGCGAUCUGCACUCGCUCGAUACCCACAUGAAGGCGGUAAAGAAAUGCUGCGAGGCCAGCUGUUCUCCGGCCACGUCCGCUCCGUCGAUGGCGAACGGUACCCACUCGACGAUUCUCAGUUACGACGCGUUAGUCGAGCUGACGGAGCAUUUCCGUGCAUGUCAAGAGAUUGCGUCGAUCCGUACCGGAAACUGGCAAAAGUUUUGCGUUCGUAAUGCAGACAUACUGUCUUCACUGCUGAACAUUAGCACCUACCAGCUGGAGGAGGGUGUUUCGACGAUCAUAUUGCAACUGCUGCAAUCGGCUAUAUGCAACACUGCACCACAAGGACAACAGGCCAAACCGUCGUCCGGUGUGACGGUGGAUCCACAACUGAAAGUGUCGGUCGUCGUGAAGGAUCGAAAGGAUCGCGACAAGUCGGAGGAAUCGGACACGAUGGCAGCGCCGUCCGAAUCGAAAUUUGAUGCCGCCCAGUGUGUGGCGCUCGUGGCUCAAAUCUUCAAUCAGGUCAGUGCAGCGUGCAUGAGCAAGUUUAUACGCAGCUUCCUGCUCGAAACGAACUCGACAUCGAUUCGUUGGCAAGCUCACAGCCUGGUGUACGCGUUCUACGAAAAUAGUAGCGAUGCGCACAAGGAAACGCUGCUCCAGUGUCUGUGGGGCUUGUGGCCACUAUUGCCCGCGUACGGCAAGCGCACCGCGCAGUUUGUGGAUUUGCUCGGCUUCCUGACGCUCAAUACGCGCUCGCUGAUAGACAAGUUGCCGGACUACACGGCGCAGGCCGUGUCAGUGCUGAGACAGCAGAACGAGCUACUUUCGAAGCACCCGAACGCCCCAAUCUACACGGCGCUGGGCCAGGUGCUGGAACUCGAAGGGUUCUAUCUGGAGUCGGAACCAUGUCUCGUUUGCAACAAUCCGGAACUUCCGUUUUCCAACAUCAAGCUGUCGACCAUCAAGGUCGAUUCGAAGUUCACCACCACCACUACGAUCGUGAAGCUCGUGCAAAGUCAUACGAUCUCGAAAAUAGUGCUACGCAUCGCGGACCUGAAACGCGCCAAGAUGGUGCGAACCAUCAACAUCUACUACAACAAUCGCACGGUGCAGGCGGUGGUGGAGCUUAAGAAUCGGCCGCUGAUGUGGCACAAGGCUCGCAAGGUGACGCUGCAGUCCGGCCAGACGGAUGUGAAGAUCGACUUCUCGCUCCCGAUAACGGCGUGCAAUUUGAUGAUCGAGUACGCGGACUUUUACGAAACCGUGAGCGGAUCGAGCGAGAGUCUGCAGUGUCCACGGUGCAGCGCGGUGGUCCCUGCGAAUCCGGGCGUGUGCGGUAACUGCGGCGAGAACGUGUUUCAGUGCCACAAGUGCCGCGCCAUCAACUACGACGAGAAGGAUCCGUUCUUGUGCCACUCGUGCGGUUUCUGCAAGUAUGCCAAGUUCGAUUACAGCAUCUACGGUCGGGCGUGCUGUGCGGUAGAUCCAAUCGAAUCGGCCGAGGACCGUACAAAAACCGUGCAAACGAUUCACACUUCGCUGGAAAAGGCGGACCGCUCGUACAAGUCGCUGCAGAACAAUAAGCAGAUUCUGGAGCUGCUGGUGCAAAAGGUGUCUGAGCAUAAGCUCGAUCGCACGCUGGACGAGACGAUCGUCGGGGCUUCGGUCAUUGGGGGAGCUGGUGGAGCGUCCCAGGUCAACAAGGUCAUACAGCUGCUGGCCCAGAAGUACUGCGUGGAGUCAAAGACUACGUUUGAAGAUCUGAGCAAAAUCAUUCAAAAAGUGCAGGCAUGCCGGAAGGAGCUGGUAGCAUAUGACCGAAGUCAAAUGGAUGGCCCCCCACCGUCGGCAGGCUCGAUGUCGGCAAGUUUCGCCUCCGGCACCGGAGCAUCGUCGCGGGUAGGCGCGGUUGCGCUGAACAAGUGUUACGGUUGCGCCCUUGCCUCCACCGAGCAGUGUCUGACGUUGUUGCGCGCUAUGGCGUCCAACAUGGCGUGCAGGGUUGGGUUGUGUAGCCAAGGGUUGGUGCAGGAGCUGGCAGUGAACAAUCUGCGUCGUGGCACUCACCAGCUGCAGGACGAAGUGCGCCAUUUGCUGUGUCUGUUGACCCGUGAUCUCCCCGAUGCUACCAGCGCGCUCUGUCAACUGUUGCAAGACCGCGUCAAGAUGGCACUGUCCGGCACGGUCCCGCUCGCCACGUUAGACUCGGCCGUUCGGCACGAAAUGGCUUUACUGGAAGCGAUGACCAGCCAGGACGAUAGCUGCUGGGAAACGAAGCUCCGUACUGUAAUCGAGCUGUUGCAGGCAUCGCGCGACGCGCGCGGUCCGGCCACCGCCGUCAUACAUCCUUGCUUGCGCAUUGUGCAAUCGCUCAUGUGUCCUCCGCCGAUACUUGCAACGACCAUCGCCACCGGAGGCACCAAGCACAUUAAGGAGCAGGCAGCAAGUACUCUGCGAGAUUUGUGCACAAUUCAGCCCAUCGAAGGGAUUACCGUCAGCUAUGAGAAGUGGAUCGCAGGCGACGCAAACCAUUCGUUCGCGGCUUGGAAAGCCCGUAUGCCGCCUGCCGCUGUGCACGUGAGCGGAGGAGCGGGAAGUCGCGCAGCGGACGAAGCUGCGUCGCUUUCUAUGCCCACGGCUGUAUCGUCAUCCCCGCCGCCAAUCGGGACCGGUUUCCGCACAGCGCUCGAGCACAGACGAGCUACAGUACGCAAUGCAUAUCUCGCAGAAAAGUACGCCAAACGCUGGCGGCAACGGGCGCUGGCCAAGGGUGUCACACCGAUUCCCGUGGAGCUGCAGGCUGCUUGGCUACAACCUAUUCUCUUCAAUACCAACUCCAGGCUCGGCCGGCAGCUGGCCUGUGCCCUGAUAACGUCGCUUAGCCGCACCAACGAGCGCAAACGGGAGCUGCUCGAUCUGCUGACCAGCUUCCUGCGCUACGUCGGGGAGAGUGGCGAAGCGAGCGCGGAAUUUUUGGCGCUGUACCGUAUGCUCGCGGACGAAACGCCGUGGCGGCAGUAUCUUGCGCUGAAGGGCGUUCUAACGCUGCUGGUGCAACUGGUGACGGUGGAGAUUGAGAAAAUCCACUGCCUGGAAGAAACGACCCUGUCAACGGACCUGGCCCAGGGCUAUGCAUUGCGGCAGCUGGUAGAGCUGAUGGCACUGUUCCUGGAAAAUCCACAAAUCCGGAAGGCGUACAAGGGCAAACUGCUGGGGCCCGUUCUGCAGGGCUACCUGGAUCUGCGCAAGCUGAUUGUGCAACGCACGCGUCUGAUAGACGAUGCGCAGGAGAAGCUUCUGGAAAUGCUGGAAGAAAUGACAACUGGCACGGAAGAAGAAACGGCUGCAUUUAUGGCCGUGUGCAUCGACACGGUGCGCCGCACGCCGACCACGGACGUGAAAACGCCCGUCUUCAUGUUCGAGCGGCUAUGCUCCAUCAUACAUCCGGAGGAGAACGACGUGGGUGAGUUUUUCCUUACGCUGGAGAAAGACCCCCAGCAGGAAGACUACUUGCAAGGGCGCAUGUUGGGCAAUCCGUACCCUUCGCACGAGGCUGGGCUCGGUCCGCUGAUGCGCGAUGUUAAAAAUAAAAUCUGCAUCGACUGCGAGCUAGUGGCGCUGCUGGACGACGACAAUGGCAUGGAGCUGCUGGUUCACAACAAAAUCAUAAGCCUCGAUCUGCCGGUCAAGGAGGUGUACAAGAAGAUAUGGCUGCAGGAGGGCGGAGAACGGGACAGCAUGAGGAUCGUGUAUCGCAUGCGAGGUCUGCUGGGCGAUGCGACCGAGGAGUUUAUCGAGACGCUGAAUGCGAAGAGCCAGGAGGAGGUGGACAACGAGCAGCUGUACCGGAUGGCGAACGUGUUGGCCGACUGUGGUGGGCUGAAGGUGAUGCUGGAGCGCAUCGGCAGCUUGCAGAACGUUUCCAAAUCGCGCACCCUGCUGCAGGUGCUGCUGAAGCUGUUCCUGCUGAGCGUGAAGGUUUCGCGCUGCCAGGAGGUGCUGUGUCAACCGGAGCUGGGCGCGAUCAACACGCUGCUGCGAGUGUUGCAGCUGUGCCUGCAGAGCAGCGAGAGCGACACGCAGCAGUCCGCCGUGACGGAGCAGCUGCUGGAGAUUAUGGAAACGAUUCUGUCCAAAGCGGCUUCCGACACGCUGGACACCUUUUUGCAAUUUUCCCUCACGUUCGGAGGACCGGAGUACGUGCAGGCGCUGCUUUCGUGUACCAACUGCUCCAACGUUAGGUGCAAUCCCUCCGUGCUACGCCAUCUGAUCCGCGUGCUGGCGGCGCUGGUGUACGGAAACGACAUCAAAAUGGCGCUGCUCUGUGAACACUUCCGUUCCGUGCUCGACUUCGAUCGGUUCGAUGCUGAACGGAGCGCAGAGGAGGAGUUCAAAAUGGAGCUGUUCUGCGUGCUCACCACCGGCAUCGAGCACAAUUCCAUAGGCGGAACGCUCAAGGACUACAUCAUGAGUUUGGAAAUCGUGGAGAAAGCGCUCAGCUACAUUAAAGCGCAUGCCCCGUGCGUGAAACCGACGCUGCUUCGCACGGACUCGGACGAGCUGAAGGAGUUCAUAUCCCGUGCUUCGCUCAAGUACAUCCUGCGCUUCCUUACCGGACUGGCGACCAAGCACGAAGCAACGCAACUGGCAGUCGCCCAGGACAUCAUACCGAUCAUCCAUCGGCUGGAGCAGGUAUCGAGCGACGAGCAUGUGGGCUCGCUUGCCGAAAACCUCCUGGAAGCACUGUGCACCGAACCAGCCACGGCCAAGCGUGUGCAGGAGGUGCGCGAUUUCACGCGCGCGGAAAAGAAACGGCUGGCGAUGGCCACGCGCGAAAAGCAGCUGGAUGCGCUCGGCAUGCGCACCAACGAAAAGGGCCAGGUGACGGCGAAAGGAUCCAUCCUGUCGCAGAUCGAGAAGCUGCGCGAAGAGACCGGUCUGGCGUGCUUCAUCUGCCGCGAAGGAUACGCCUGUCAGCCGAACAAGGUGCUCGGCAUCUACACCUUCACCAAGCGGGCCAACGUGGAGGAGUUCGAAAUGAAGCAGAAGAAAACGAUCGGCUACACGACGGUGACGCAUUUCAACGUGGUGCACGUCGACUGUCACAUGAACGCGAUCCGACUGGCCCGAUCGCGUGACGAAUGGGAGAGCGCUUCGCUGCAGAAUGCAAACACACGCUGCAACGGGCUGCUGCCGCUGUGGGGCCCCGAUGUCAGCGAAUCUUCCUUCUCGUCGUCGAUGGCCCGCCACAAUAACUACAUGCAAGAAUGCACCCAGCGGUGUGAAAUCACUUUCGCCAGCUCGAUGCACGACCUCAAGCUGCUGCUGUGGCGCUUUGCGCAGGAGAAAAGCUUCCACGAGGACGCUGGAGGCGGCGGUCCCCAGUCGAACAUGCACCUGGUGGCGUACUUGCUGUUCUACGGGCUGUACACGCUGCUCUCGUCCCGCUCGUACUCGCGCGAAGAGAUGAUACUCAGUGGCUUUAUUGCCCACAAAGCCUCGGAACGCUGGCUGGAGUGCGCGUACGAAGCGGAAGGCCCACUGUAUCUGCUCGCCAUGUCAUUGGCACUGCACACGCCCGAGCUGUGGUCACGCCACAAGCUGGUGCAUCUGCAGCGGCUGAUUGCGAUAGCCCAGGCGCGCCACGUUAGCCCGAACUCGGUCUGCAAGUUCUUGGCUCCGGUCGAUAAGCAUCCCAAGGAUUACUCCAUCUACAAGCCCUACCUGAUGUUCUGGGGGCUGAUAGAUUUAAUCUAUCGCAACUUUUUCCGCACCGUUAGCACGCCGAAAGACGAGGACUGGCCGAUCUCGCUGUUCAACUACAUCCGCCGAAACGACGAGUCACUGCUCAAGACAGCCGACUCCACGUUGCAGACGUUCUCUGAAGAAUAUUUGCCCUGCGCUUCGUUUGGGGAAUUUUGCGAUGUGGCAGGACUGCUUGGAGACAUCGACAAUCCGGAUGGUUGGAUGGAAGAGCUGCUGCAAGCGCUGCCUGCACCGGGCGGAUCAUCUGCAACGGGUGCGAGCGCUGGUCCAAGCGGUGGCACAGGUUCUGGAGAGGCUGCCGGAGCUGGCAGCAGCAUCGCGGAUUAAGAGCGGCACAGCUUAGCGCGAUGCUGUGCGAACUCUGUAUCGCCGUUACGCACUUCUGCUUUCUUUGUGCUAUCCGAGUCUGUGAACGAUGGACCGGAUGGCUACAUAUUUAUCUUAAAAAUUCAUACAUUGCUAAUCCUUAUCAAAGCUAGGAAUUAUUUUGUCAUUCAAUGGUGUUUACUGAAAUAAACGUAUCAAUAUAGUUGCAAUCAAACGAUGCCGAAUGAUGAGGUGGUGGUGUAGAGAAACCAGGGCGAUGAAGCUGAUCCUCGUUACGUGGUAUGCAAUUCACAACACCUCCUUUUUGGCACGUAGCUCGUUAAACAUGUAACUGGAGACACAAUUUACAUUGCACACGGAUUUUAAAGGCCUUUUUGCACCUUGCCCUUAUCCACGAGAAUGGCCUCAUUGCACAUGUAUGUUGAUCCAAGCUCAUUCUUCGCCGCUCUACCCUUUCGAUGUACCCAACACGUUGACCAAUGUAGUAAAACCAAUAAAUUUGGGGCACGUAUUGUCUGUUGGUCGAAUA